ACUAAUCCUACUCCGGUUGCGUUCGUGCCAAGAACGGGCGGAGACACAAAAAGUUGAAGGAACGGUCUCGGACUGGCUAUGUUGCUAAAUCUAUUUGAAUCAUUCGUGAAGUAGGCAACAAGAAAUUGUGUUUGUGGAAUUAGGCACACUAAACUGAUUUUGUAUCUGAAAGAAAAAGUGCCAAAGGGCUCCAGAGCGCUAGGAUGUCAGUGAGCGUGACGACGGACAUCAACGCAGAUAAACUGACCGACAGACGGGCUCUGCUCGAGAAAGGCGAGCAGAAGGCAUUGGGGGUGUCCCAAGUAAUGAUUGGUGUGAUGGUGAUGUCCUACUCCCUCCCCCUCCUCUCCACUGAAUUCACAGAGGUCGUGACCUUUGGGGUGCCCUGGUGGAGCGGCCUAUCGUACAUAGCAGCAGGAGUCGUUGCCGUGGUGAUGGAGAAACACAGCAGUAUGAAAUUGCUGGGUGUGUGUAUGGUGGUGACACUGGUGGCCAUUUUGGUUUCUCUCCUGGCCCUCAUCUUCUACUUCAUCGAUCUCCACAACAAUCCAGAGACACCGUGUAACCACCCCCUGGCGCCCACAACACACUACAUACAGGUGUAUGAAUGUGACCACCAGCACUAUGCCACUAUGUUCAGUUAUGGAGUAAAGUCGUCCCUCCUUCUCUUCACCAUCAUCCAGAUCACCAUCUCCUCAACGCUCUCUUACAUCCUGUACAUGGAGAGGAGGCGUUACGGACCAUACUCAUCUCUCAAUCAAGGUGUUCCCUCGACUCCCAUACUGGUCACUGCUCCCGACUUCAACUGACCAAUAACACCUGCAGAAGGACUUUAACUGACCAAUCCCAUCUGCAGACAGAUGUCCACCAAUUCCCCUGUUAUGAUAUUCAUGAUUUGUCCACCACAGAUGGUUUGUUUAAGUUUCUACCAUUGUGGCUUUAUGUUAUUGUUUUUGAAUGUGUAGCAUGAAGCUGUGGCAUUGAUAUGGAUGUGAUUCCAUAGUAUUUAAAAACAUAAAUAAAUGUAACCUUUAUUAAAUGUACAAUACAAAAUUAUUAUUUACAAUGACGGCCGACCUUAGUAUGUAGUGUUUUACUACAAUGCAGUGAUAAAUAAUGGUUUAAAUUUCCCCCAAAUUACUCAUUUGUUUUGUAUAUUUUUACUGAAAUAAAAUCAUUUAUAUCAAAAA